GUAAGUAUGGGGUGGCUAUUUCACUCUUGAGGUUUUGGGGAAGUUAGGAAUGUUGGGGAUUUUUGGGGGUAGAGGUGUAGUUUUGGGAAUUGGCUGAUGGGAUGAAUUGUUUUACGGGUUUUGAAUGAGGUUUGGAAGGAUUUUAGGAGAAUUUGGAGGAUUUUGUGCUCCAGGUUAGCGAAAUAGUAGGGGGUAAUGAGGUAUUCAGGUGAUUUUGAGAACCGGAUUAUCGGGUCUUUAGUAAGCUAAAAAUAUCAAAUUCAAGAGGAUGUUAUUUAUCAUACUUUGAUCGUAAAUAUUAUCCUUUAGAUCUCUAAAAUGUCUUUAUUGGAAGCUUUGAGUAUUCUUCUUGGUUGUCUCUUGGCAAAAAAAGAGGUUAUACCUGAAUAAAUUUUUUUCUUAAACUCCACUAACAUUAUAAACUCAUUCUUGAUGAACUCAUAUAGUUCCAAGAUUCCUUAUUAAAGUAUUUCUUAGUCUCUAGGCAUGAAGUUUCUCAUCUUUUCAGCCUGCUUCAUUGUCAAAUGCUUCCUCUCGACUUCAAUUAUCCUAUUAUUGUUAAUAAAAUGAAGCUAUUUAUUAACCAUAGUCACUAUUAUUUCUUAAAUAACUUUUAUUGGUGAAAAGAUAUGAUACUCUACCACAAAGAAUGAGGAUGCUGAAGGCAAUAGCAGCCGCUCUUGAUGCUUUAUAAGCUAAUAGCUUUGGGACUGAGGGGAAUUAAAGUACCAAGAGAGCCCAUUUGCUAGGUUGUUGCUUUCUGUUUAGGAUUCUUAAUGAUUUGGUGGUUGACAAUUUUUUGAUAAUUUUUGUGCUUGUCUAAAAAUUCCGAAUUCCCUUUAGUUUAAUUCUAAAUUAAUUUCUUGUGGGGUAUACUAGCUUGCAAAGUCAUAGGCUUGGUUUGGAAAUAUUAUUAAAUUUCUUAUACUAGGAACUAGGGCCAUAAAAAUUAGCAGUUAUCAAGAUUUCGGUGAAUGAUUAUAAAAGAUACCAUAGACUCACUAGGGUUAUGUACCUUAAACAUUGAUCCCUUGGUCAUAUCAAUUCAGACAAUGGAUCAGCUAUUUCAUUCUACUCCUAUAUAUUCACUAGGAUGUUUGGCUUUUUACUAAUAUAGCAUCUUUUAAUAAAAAUAUCGGUGAAUUAUGAAUAGGGUGGCUAUAUUUAGAGUGAUAACACUUUCAACAAUCAUUGAAAUCUCCAGGGAUAUCUCCCAGCGUCAUAGGCUUAGGCUCUAGAACUCAAAAUUUAAUUAAGUAGAAAUACUAGUAAUAUUACAGCCAAAUAAAAUAAGACAUAAUUAACCUUGCUAAUUUGUUUUCUCUUAAGAAUCCAAGGAAGAAUUUAGGUGAAGGACUCGGGUUUUAGUCAGCUUCAUUAAUUAGCUUCCCUUAAGGCGGGAUUGUUGAAUGUUUAGCCUAUUCUUAAUAAUUAUAGGAUUAGAUUAGUAAAUUAGGCUGGGCAUCCGGAUUCAUUUAUUCGGAUAUGUUUAUGAGUUUUCGUGUUUCUGGAAGGCAACCAAUAAAGUUUAUAGUUAUGAGAACUUCUCGUACAUUUGAAAGUUGUCCUCAAAAUAGAAGAUUCCUCUUCAUUUUUGUGCUUAGGUUAAAAAAGAAUCAUUUUUAUGGCUGCUCUAUUGAUGUCAUCGUUCUUUGUAAGAUUUUGUGGCAAAAAUAAAGCUUCUUUGUAUCACUUUAUGAACAAACAAAAACUAGUUUAAACAAGCAUUAUUCUAAGAUUUUUAAUAAUCUUUUGGCAUUAAGAGUACUUCUAGGAAGUCUUAUCAGCCCUUGUGUUAUUAAUAAAUGCUUUGGGAUAGAUCUCGGGCUUUGAACACUUCUCGUCAUAUAUCUUUAAGUAAAUACCUUAAAAAUAUUUUCUCUAUCCAAUAUUUUCCAGAUUCUUUAUUCUGAGCAUAAAUGUUCUGGAAAUUUUUGAGAAAUAUCAGUAGAUAUUCUUUAGUAGAGGUGAAUAGUCUCUCUUAUUAAUGAAAUAACACUCCAAAUUAGUCUCUGAAUAUUAUAAGAGCUGUAUCCAAAGAUUAGAGGUUUAUUUAUGGGUUUUUAAACAAGCAGGAAAGUACUUGAAAGUUUUAAGAAUUUUUGAAGGAUAGGACCAAUGAUCACGGCCAUAUUGGCUUAAAAUUAAGAUUACUUCUUGACAUUGAUAUUUGGGUUAUCUCUAACGCUUGUUUAGACUUAAAUGAGUAAAGGAAAACUUGAGGUAAGUUCCCAUUUCAGGAAUACUAGAGAUUUUCUCUUCUCUCAUAUUUUGGAAACACUUCAAAACUAUUUAAUAUGACAAAUUAACUAUUUACUCAGCUCAAGCAAAUGUUCUCUUGGAGUAAAAAGUACAACAAUGGAUAUUGGACAUCAGAAGAGCACUCACAGUUUAUACAAUGCAUCAAGACCCAUGGUAUAGAGUGGCCAAUGCUCAAAUAAAUCGAUUCCCACUCGCACAAGACUUCAGAUAAAGUCACACUUGCGUAGAUAUUUUCACCAGAUCAGAAAGCACUUUGGCCUGGAAGACCCGAUGGAGUACAUCAUGAACAACGACUGCGACCACUUGAGAUUCUACAAAAAUGAUAUUCUUGAAGAUAAAACAAAAUACUCCAAAAAGAGCUCUAGAGCCUCUGAGAAGCCAGAGACAAAUCCCAAAAAGAUGAUGAGCCAAAGAUCUGAAUCUAAGACUACUGGAGAGCUCUUUUCCAGUUGUAAUUCCAAAUUCGAGGAGCAAAAACACUUCAGGAAGAGAGACUUGAAGCAUUCUAGAAAAGUCUUGGAGGAUUCCCAAGUGCCUUCACUAGAAACUCCUCUGAUUCCCGAGAGAGAAUUUAGUAUCGAGAAAAUCAACCAAAAGAAGAUUCAGAGAAAUGGGGAGUUUUCUAAAUUUCAAAGGCCCAUGAAGGAACAUAUAAAAGCUGCUUCAGAGAAAUUUAUUCAAAGAGGCUUGAUUUCAAACAAACUCAAUAAGAAUUGAGAUCUUCCAGUGAAUCAACUCAGAAAUGCAAACAUAUUAGAAGCAAGAAUACAGACUACAGUCCCAUGAGAGAUUAUAAUGAAUCAUGAGGGAAAUGUCAAGAUCUAUCCUCAACAAGGUGGUAAAGUAAUUCUAGAAUCUACUAUGGAUAACAGAGCCGAAGCUACUCAUCUAAAUAAGUGCUUUUCAGCUCACAGAAACAUCGAUGCUUAUAACCCUCUUACCCCUACAACUCCAAAUAUCUGGAACAAGGAUCCCCACAGAGACUUCAUUCAAAAUGAAGACUACUCAGUGAUCACAAAAGCAAUUGAAUUAUUGACACCCUACUUUUGCUUUUGUGAAUAAUAUUUGUGCUAAUUCAUGCUUCCUUCAACCACAAAAAUAUC